UUAACAGCAAAAUAUCAACUUAGAUGGACGUGUUUUGUUCUGUACACAUUCGGCACGAGGUCCCCACGAUCGUACGAGACUAUAUACAUAGAAGUUGACCGAGCAAUGUUCGAAGGGUACAAUUUGUCCGAUAAGGAAGGGUUCAAAUCUACGGGCAUGUCAACGCACAACGAUAAUAUCCACCUCGGUAAUUUUCUUCAGAGAGUGCCAUUAUACAGUAAUAAUGAUAAAGUAUAUUGAGUAUGAGCAAAGCAAGCAAUGCAUUUGGUUAUUAACUUAAAGCAAAAUCUAGUGGUGCAAGUAUGAUAUUGAUACAUCCAUCCGCCCCCCUCCAGUUUCGUUUGGAACAGCCCUAGAUGACUGUAGCUACCUCCUCUCGUACGGUCAAGGCCGAGGAGGCACAACAACGACCAAAGUACAUCAUUGCAAGAAGGACAAGGGUUACAUAACAUCAUGAUUGCUCCGCAUCGAGUUAGCGCUGUGCUAAGUUUGGGAGUUUUCUUCAUACUCACAGGCACAACUAGCCAUUAUGUGGACGAAGGAAACCCUUACAAAACUGGGCCGCUUCCUGUCGAAAACUUCAACUUGUCAGAAUCUGAGGAUGAUGCACCACGUCACGCCAUCGUGUACUACCCGGCACGACCAGGAGUGUAUGCCGUGCUGCUGUUCGUCGGAGGUUUUGACGGCGCCAUUCGAGUUGAGAUGGGAUAUACAGACUUGCUGAGCCGUGUAUCGGCACACGGGUUCGUGGUGAUGGGGGUGGACAUGCGGUCCGCUCAUGGGACCGGCGGGCUUACCAGAGUCAGGGCUGCCUCACACCGGGGGAACCUCCCAGCUUCCCCGGCGCAAACGUUCUUACAGCAACUGGACUGGGCAAGGAAACACCUGAACGCUUACCUGUCCAACCAAACGGCAGGUGUGUCAGUGGACUGGGAGAAAACUGGUAUCUUCUGUCACUCUGCAGGGUGUGCCAUCACAUUGGACAUGAUUCUACUCAAUCACACGGGAGUUAAAUCGACAGCGUUCCUCGAGCCGUUCAGUUUCGCCCUGUCCAGAGGCAGUUCCGUGGAUUUCCGCCUGCCGGCGCUGAUGUACGGCACGCAGUUUUGUGAGGAUUUUCCUUUUUGCUGUGUCAAAGGUAUGGACUGGAAUCAAAUCUACGACCACUGGUCCUGUCCCAAGACACUGUUGGCAACAAAGAAUCAAGGACACUGUGAUAUUCUGGACCACACGAUGUGGGAAAUAUGCCACACCACACACUUCUGUAAGACGGGAGAUGUUGACAACUGGGCGGAGUACCACACCUUCAUGCAGGGGUUUGUCUCCGCCUUCUUCAUCAGUACUCUGCAGGGGGUCGACGACUGGCGAUACCUCAGCAACGUCACUGACAUCCCCAUCGGGGUGAUGAACGCCAAAAACGACACCAACUGUUAGAGACGCCACCUGGCGAUUUUGAUACGUGCCGGUCAAAUAUGUAGACUUGUGUCAAGGAGUCUGAAUAAAUCUAAUCAAAUUGUACAAGACUCGUAGAUUGCAGCCGUCAGCGUACGUGGAUCGUGUCACCCAUAUACAUGUGGUCUACUUCAUUUGUAAGCUAACCGAAGCUAUAUGCAUGUGGUC